UGUCAUAAUACUCACAAAACCUAGCGUCAAACAGAGUAGUUCCAAUGGGUUUUCCACCAUUAAUUGUUCCCAUAGGGAAUUUUUUAGAAACACUUAAUAAGGGCUGUGUUUCGGGUAGACUUACCCUGACUUGACGUUUUGAUAACCAUGUAAAUCUCUUUCGGAUAUGGUGACUUUGAUCAAUGUAGUCGGCUGUAUUUACACUCGGAUUCGAAAACGCUAAUUGGCAUCAUGCAAGACUACAAAUCCCUGCAAGCUCCUGCACGUCAUCUCUAGCUGACACCUUUGCUAACAGGUAUUGUGCACAGGAGGUUGGUGGCCGCAUAAUUGGGGAAGAUGGCCUCGUGGUAAUGGCUGGAAUUUUUUUGCGGGUAAAUACAGGCGAAUAUAUUGAUAAUCUCCUUGGCCUAGAGAUUUACACGGUUAUCAAAAUGUCACGCCAGGCCGAUUCAAGAAACGAAGUAGCAGAGCGCAUUGGAUAUAUCACACGAGUCCAGAGUUUCAGCGCGUGCCAUCGAUUGCACAGCCCAACGUUGAGUGAUGAGGUAAACAAGAGGAUAUUUGGGAAGUGCAACAAUCCCAAUGGCCAUGGACACAACUAUAAAGAGGUGACGGUACGGGGAAAGAUCGAUCGUCACACAGGCAUGGUGAUGAACAUUACAGAUCUGAAGCAACACAUCGAGGAAGUCAUCAUGAUUCCGUUGGACCAUAAAAACCUGGAUAAGGACGUCCCCUACUUUGCUAACGUUGUCAGCACAACAGAAAACGUGGCUGUAUAUAUCUGGGACAACAUGGUCAAGCAGCUACCAGCCAAUCUUCUCUACGAGGUCAAGAUUCACGAGACUGACAAGAACAUUGUUGUAUAUCGAGGAGAAUAGCCAGCCACCUUCAGUACCUUGUAAUUAGUACGAUCUUUACUAAUAUAUAUUAUGUAGUAUGCACAUCUCACGUUUGAGUUCAUAGAUGGACUUAUGCGAUGUGUUAUGAUAGUAUUAAAGUGCAGAGUUGAGGUUAUACUAUUGAAUAGUAUUUUGCAUCAUUUGCUGGUGCAAUCCACUCUACAACUUUGUUACCAUAAUAAAUGGAAUAAGCUCAAAUUUAAA